AUGCCAGCCAACCUCACAGAGGGCAGCCCUGAAGCCAGCACCACCUCGCAGACCCUGGAUUUCUCCCCAGCCCUUUGCACUGAAGUGACUUUUACUGCAGGGGUAGAAAAGGAAUGGGGCUCCUUCUACUACUCCUUCAAGACUGAGCAGUUGGUGACCUUGGGGGUCCUCUUUGUUUUCACCAUUGCUGGAAACUCCACUGUGCUGUUCUCUACAUGGAGGAGAAAGAGGAAGUCAAGAAUGACCUUCUUUGUGACUCAGCUGGCCAUCACAGACUUUUUCACAGGAUUGGUUAACAUCUUGACAGAUAUUAUUUGGCGAGUCACCGGAGACUUCUUGGCUCCCGACCUGGUCUGCCGGGGGGUCCGCUACUUGCAGGUUGUGCUGCUCUAUGCCUCUACCUAUGUCCUGGUGUCCCUCAGCAUUGACAGAUACCAUGCCAUCGUUUACCCCAUGAAGUUCUUGCAAGGAGAAAAGCAAGCCAAGUUCCUCAUCAUGAUUGCCUGGAGCCUCUCUUUCCUGUUCUCCAUUCCCACCCUGAUAAUAUUUGGGAAAAGGAAACUUUCCAAUGGUGAAGUGCAAUGCUGGGCCCUGUGGCCUGAUGACUCCUACUGGACCCCAUACAUGACCAUCGUGGCCUUCCUGGUGUACUUCAUCCCUCUGAUAAUCAUCAGUGUCAUCUAUACCAUUGUGAUCCGAACUAUUUGGGUUAAAAGCAAAGUCCAAGAGAUGGUGAUUUCCAACUACUCAGAUGGAAAGCUGUGCACCAGCUACAAUAGAGGGCUCAUCUCAAAGGCAAAAAUCAAGGCCAUCAGAUACAGCAUUGUCAUCAUUCUAGCCUUCAUCUGCUGUUGGAGUCCCUACUUCCUCUUUGACAUUUUGGACAACUUCAGCCUCCUUCCAGACACCAGGGAGCGCUUCUACGCCUCUGUGAUCAUCCAGAACCUGCCAGCCUUGAACAGUGCCAUCAACCCUCUCAUCUACUGUGUCUUCAGCCGCUCCAUCUGUUUCCCCUUAAGGGAACAGAGAUCACAGGAUUCCAGAAUGACAUGUUGGGAGAAAACUGAGAGGCACAAGAUGAAGGUUCUGUCCAAGCCAGAAUUCAUCUAGAUGCUGGAGCAGUGAGCCUGGCUGAGGCCCAUCGGCUUGGGUUCCUCUCUUCACCUUGUUCAUGUGCAUGGAAGCUGAGCUGACUUUUUCACCCUGCUCCUGUCAUUACUUGGGGGGUGAACAAAGAACACAUCCUGACAGUGUGUCUGUCGCCUGUCUCAGCAAAUAUUGGCCAAUAUGAAGCCACCAUCUAUUCAAGCCAGCCAAGAAAGGUGGCCUCUCUGUCCUCACCAUUGCCAGCCCUCCUUCUCACUGGUCAGCACCAAACCCAAUGAACAGUGGUAUCACUGGCCCAGAGU